AUAGCUCAUUCUUAUAUCGCUUCGUGCACAUAUCACGGAACACAAUCAAAAAAUUGUGGACAUAGCACGGAACACAACCGAGAAAUUGUGGAUAUUGCUUGAAAAUUGACAUUUGCUAGGUAGUUUAUGUCCACUUUCUCAGGGGGCGUCUUGUAGUUGAAGAUCACCGGAAUCAAAAGCGGACCGUGACACCUCUCAUCCUUCUCUCUGUCGAUGUCAAUACUAAUGCCGUCAAUGGUUACGGACGUUACAGUAUUUGCAGUAUUGGAGCUCUGAACUCGGAUGUUUACACGUGGAUUUGUUUCGAUAAAUGUGUGCAAUCCCGAAUGACUCGCAACGCGUUCACAUUAAUAUGGAAAAAAAGUCUACUAAAAAGAGACAUAAUUACGAGAACAAGAUCAUUCUGGCACCCAUGGUACGCAUCAGUACCCUUCCGAUGCGUUUGCUCGCUCUGGAUUAUGGUGCGGAUAUAGUUUAUACUGAGGAAUUGAUCGAUUGGAAAUUACUUCGUUCGAUUCGUCGAGAAAAUGAUGUCUUAGGCACUAUUGAUUACAUUGAUAAGACAGAUGGUACUGUGGUAUUUCGUACUUGUCCCCGGGAACGAGAGCAUGUUGUUCUUCAAAUUGGUACCUCCGACCCAGCAAGAGCGGCUGAAGUUGCUCAUAUGGUAGAAAAUGAUGUUGCAGGCAUAGACGUUAAUAUGGGUUGUCCAAAGAAAUUUUCAAUGCUUGGUGGAAUGGGUGCUUCUCUUUUAUCUGAUCCACAAAAAGCAACCAAUAUUUUACGGAAACUGAUAGAAACAGUAACUAUACCGAUCACUUGCAAAAUACGCGUUCUGCCUGAGCUCAAGGAAACUCUUAGGCUUUGCAACACUCUUGCCUCUACUGGUAUCGCAGCCAUUGCCAUUCAUGGUCGUACUGUUGAGGAGAGACCGCAGCAUCCCAAUCGUAACCAUAUUCUCAAACAGAUUUCAGCUGCGCUUUCAAUACCAGUUAUCGCGAAUGGUGGCUCCAAAGAUGUUCAAAAACAUUCCGAUAUACUGAGAUUUAAAACAGAAACAGGUUGUAGUAGUGUAAUGCUCGCUCGCGCUGCUGAGUGGAACUGUUCAAUAUUUCGUAAAGAAGGUCUUCUUCCGAUGGAAGAUGUUAUAAAGUCAUAUUUAAAGUAUGCAGUUGAUUGCGACAAUUCACCUUCCAACACAAAGUAUUGUAUACAAAAUAUCCUACGGGAAUUCCAGGAAUCUUCUUUAGGUAGAAAAUUCCUUGAAGCGCAAACACUGGAGCAAAUAUGUGAAUUGUGGAAAUUAGGUGAUUAUUGUCGAUCAAAAAGUAAAGAGUUUCGAGAUAAAGGUUUAUUAGGUCGGUUUCAAAUAACUCCAGGAAUUCUUGAUAAAGAUAUAGAUAAUAUUUCUUAUAAAAGAAAACUGGAAGAGGAAGAUGUUUCUCUGAUGAGUUGUGCUUUUUUGAGAAACAAUUAUUUAACAGACUCAGAUUUACCAAAAACUAGACUACUGAAGUGGACUAAGGAAAAUCAUAAAAAAAUGCCAAUAUAUAAUACUCGGCAAGAGAAUAAGCUUUUUUGUUCUGUUGUUUCUGUUGAUGGCAGGAAAUAUGGUUCCUCUUUUUGGGAAAAAAAUAAAAAAUGGGCCGAACAAGGUGCUGCUUUGGUAUGUCUCUAUUUUCUGGGAAUUAUUGAUGAGAAAAAUCUUACUGCUAGUGUUUUCUUAUACCAAUAUUCCUGUGUAUCCCGAUGUAUCAGCAUCGUCAGCGCCACCAUUUGGUACUACAUUUCUAACAGAUUUUCGUCUCACUCAAAACCACGGAGAUCGAUCUUUUGGUUCUAGUUUUUAUAGUUGUAAUGCGUUGUCGUCCAUGCGGUCCUAAAAAUCGACCCUCUAAUUAGAGACUGGCCAUCAGUUUUUGUCUAAUUCCUACGAGUGAGAAAAAAAUAUAGGCUAUCUCGCUUCUGCUCGCUUCUCGCUCUUCCAUGCGCGCCGUGCGAAUGUUUUCGUGCAACGUGAUCGAGUUUACUAUUGUAAAAAUGGUUGGGUGUUCCGCCGAAUUUUGCAAUAAUUCGACAAAGAAGGGUUAUACUAUGCAAAUAUUUCCAAGAAAUUGUGAACGUCAUGCAACGUGGGCGAAAAAUGUUGGCCAUAAAAAUUUGACACCUACAAAUAAUUCUUUAUAAGAUUAAGUAUCAUGUUUAUAACAAAAUUACGAACAAUUUAAUUUAAUAAAAGUUAUAUUAUAAAACUUGUCUUUUAUCUUUAAUUUGUAUACUGAUAUUUAUUUUUCUCAUUGUAUGUAACGUAUAUAUUGUAUGUUCUUAUUUAUUUUUAUUUGUAUUUCUAAAUUAUAAUAUUAAUGGUAAGAUGUGUUUCAAAUAUGAGCGGGAAGUGACAAAAAUUGUCGGACCAAUCAAAAGUGGCCCCCUGAUGGUCAGUCUCUGAUUAGAGGGUCUCUAAUGCGAUCCAUGUGUGAAACGGAACGCACCCCAGCUGACCCAGCUCAGUCACAUUGUCAGGGACUACGUUUACACAUCGGGUUUAACAACAUUGGAGUUAUAAAACUGGCCAACUACAACCAUUCCUUAGAAGAAUGGAAUGGUUAUGAUUGGUCAGCUUUAGAAGUAUCGAUGUUAUUAAACCUGUAGGACCGAUUUCACCAACUUUGAUUACCUUAACCGGCCGGUUAUUUCAUUGGAAUUGACCAAUCGUAUUUGUCGUUAAGUAAAAUUAACAAAUGCGAUUGGUCAAUUCCAAUGGAAUAACCGACCGGUUAAGGUAACCAGAGUUGGUGAAAUCGGCCCUUAAGGUUGGUUUAUAAUAGCCGUAACCGUUAAUUUAGGCCAGUGCCGUAGAGGCCGUUACCGUAAUCUGUAAAGGGGCAGUUUAUAAUAGUUCAGUCGAAAAUUAAAGAAAAUUAAAUCCACCAAAAUUAAAUCCACGUCAUUUAUUUGUACAUUCAUCACUAUAUCACUUUUUUUUAAUAGAUCAUUAUAUCACGUAUGUCGUAUGUCAAAAGGUUAUGUGCUUUCGACUCCCUUGAUGGAUUUCAUUUCUUUUCCGUUGCUUUCACUAGCCGUAGGCCGGUAAAAAUAAAGUUGAGUCAACUUUUCGGUUACGCCCAAAAGUAACAGAUUACGGCCAACUAUUAUAAACGGUAGUACGGGUUAUUCUAUCUUCCAACUUUUACAGCACCGGCCUAAGUUAACGGUUACGGCUAUUAUAAACCAACCUUAAGGGUAUCGUGUAAACGUAGUCACAGCUCACAGCUUAUAGCGUUUUCGAUUUGUUGACUCGACCCGACUCCGGGUCAAUGGUCUGUUCCUUUUAUCUGCAGUGAAAAAGAAACCAUUGACUCGGGUUGAGUCAGCAAAUCGAAAACGCUAUUAGUUUGGCUUAGGGUGCGUUCCAUUUAGCGUUCACAGCGCUGUGAGCAUUAUUUUAUUCUUGUUGUUUAUCAUGAUUAAAUAAGGACAAAUAAUGCUUACAAGCGCUGUAAGCGCCAAGGGGAACGCAGCCUUGGCUGUGUUCCAAAAUUCACUGCCAGUACUGAAAUUUAUAGGCCGAUAUUCAUAGCUCUAGUUUACACCGAGCACUUGGUACGCGUAUCAAAUAGUGAAUUUAAGCUAAUCAGCCAAUAGGUUUGUUCUGGUUGUCUACAUCAUUUUUAAAAAAUAUAAGUUCUUAUUGGUUUAUAUUUUUAACCAGCCAAUGAGAACUUGUACUUUUCGUAGAAGUGUAAAAGUGUAGGCAACCAGAACAAACCUAAUGAUUAAAUACAUUCACUAGUUAUUUACUAUUUGAUACGCGUACCAAGUGCUCGGUAUAGGCCUAGUUUACAUCGUGCAUUUGAUACGCGUAUCAAAUAGUAAAUAACUAGUGAAUGUGUUUAAUCAUUGGCUGAUCAGCUUAAAUUCACUACUUGAUACGCGUAUCAAAUGCACGAUGUAAACUAGGCCAUAAACUAGAGUAUAGUGAGCUGCUUGCACUAGUGCGCACUGAGUGUAUAUUAAGGCUUGUUUAUAGUCAAUUUUAUAUUUAAGAAUCAUCUUAAAUUCUUCUUAAAAUACUUCUUAACCAGUAAAAUGAUCUGUAAGACAUCCAUAGAAUUAUUUUUUUGGUUAAAUAGUUUUUGAACAUGUAUUCUUAAAUAUAAGAAUACUGAUAUAAAGUAUGUAAACAAGCCUUAGUGCGCACUCAGUGCGCACUAGUGCAAGCAACCGAAUUCGCUAUUAGUUGCUCUUUGCUCUUAGUGACGUGUGAAGUGGUGUGGUUGUGUGAAUAUAGUAGUGUGAUUAAUAAAAGUUAGAUGAAAUAAAAUAAGUAAUGUCUCAAGGCAGACAUCUAUACCAAAGAAAAAUAAAAAAAGGAGAGA